AUGAAGGAGAAAACAGGAGAUCGUAAAGGGUGCUCAUAUAAAGAAUUUAUGGUGUGUAAACCGCCAAUCUAUAACGGGGAAGUUGACCCGAUAAUCUGCCAAAGAUGGAUAAGUGACAUCGAAGGAGUGUUUGAACGAACCCACUGUGACGUAGGUGAUUUUGUUGCUUACGGAACGGGUCAAUUGAGAAAUCAAGCCAAGGAUUGGUGGGACAAUAAAAAGAAGGAAAUGGGAGCCGAAGCGGCAAGGGUCAUGACUUGGGAUGAGUUUAAGUUAAGACAAAAGGGAGAAUCAAUUGAUAAGAUCACGGGCAUCUUCAUGGAUAAGCUGAGAUUUUGUGACGAGUUAGUCACCACUGAAGAGCAGAAGAUAUACUAUUAUUACAACAUGCUGAGUGCUGAAUACCGGGAGUUAAUGACUCCCUCAAAAUAUGAAACUCUCACAGAAAUCAUCAAGACCGCCAGGGAGCGGGAAAUCGAGUUAAAGAAGCAAGUUGAGAGGGGUGAGCGAAGGCCACAAGAUGUGAAUCCAAGCCCUACAAAGAAAGCUAGAACUGCUGAAUCGGGGAAGAAAGUGGAGGCUAAAGGCGGGUCGCCAAGUUGCAGAGUGUGGGGAAAGGGGCACAAAGGGGAGUGCCGCUUCAAAGACAAGUCGUGUCCGAGUUUACAACCUUACAGGGUUGCAUACAUAAAUUCACAGAGUUAUCACCUAUUAGACUUGAUAUCUAACUAUGUUUGCUGA